CAAUCCCUACCAAAAAUGCCCGAACCACAAAACCAAGAACCACCACCGUCUACCACCCCCUUCCGCUUCAAAUCCACCUCCACCUCCAAAACCAGAAACAAAGACAAAGCCACCCGCCACGCCACCCACCGCGCCCGUCGCCAAAACCGCACCCACUCCCGCACACGCACCCGCACCCGCUCCCCAACUCCCGUAAUAACCCCCGGAAGACAAAGACAACUUACCCCCGAAACCGCCUUCCGCGAAUCCCUCUUCGACGCGCUGGGCGACGACGAAGGCGCCACGUAUUGGGAAUCGGUCUACGGGCAACCGAUCCACACGUAUGCGAUCCCAUCCAUCCCCAAGGGUCCGGCGGGGGAGUUGGAGCAGAUGGAUGAGGAGGAGUAUGCGGCGUAUGUACGGGGGCGGAUGUGGGAGCGGACGCGCGAGGGGAUGGUUUCCGAGAGGGAGAGGUUGCGUGCGGAGCGACAACAGGCUCAAGCUAGGGAUCGGGAUCGAGCUAGAGCUAGGGAAACAGAGAGGGAUGCGUUCGAUCGGGCCGUGGAGGAGAGUUUGCGGCGUGGGAGGGAGAGGAAGCGGUUGCGUGGGUGGAGGGUUGUUUGGGCGGAGUAUCUCGAGUGUUGGGGGCGGUUGGAUGGGUUGGUUGAGGGGCUGAGGCUUUCUGCCCAUGGGGAUGGAGAUCAGGAUGGGGAAAGGGCGAAGCACAGCUUUCGGAAUAUCAUUUUCUGGCCGGUUGAGUCCGGGAAGCGGAGGGAUGUGUCCAAGGGGAAUGUGGAGGAGUUUAUGCGGCGUUGUUGUCCGGAUACUAUUCCCACUGAUACCACCACCCACAAAUCGGGGCAGGCAGAGCUGCUGGCGUUGCUCAAGGCGGAGCGCAUUCGUUGGCAUCCUGAUAAGAUUCAGCAGCGGUACGGCGUGCUCGGCAUUGAGGAGUCGGUGCUGCGCUCCGUGACUGAGGUGUUCCAGAUUAUCGACCAGAUGUGGAAUGACCUCAGGGCGAAGGAGCCAUCCUGA